ACUGACUGUUUGGUCCUACUUUGAACAGCCGACGCGAGCAGAGACAAAUAAAGAUUUGGUGAGAGAAACUCAUCGGAGCUUCCGUCCACAACAGCUUCCCCUUCUAGGGUUUCUCUAGCCCUUCUGGUCUAAUAAGUUACCCUAAUGAAUCUACCUCAACAGGUUUGAAUCGUUUGAUUUGUAUAUUUGAUUGGAGAUGCUGAGGUACUUGUGAGAAAGUACUUCUUGAAUGUAGGGUCUUGGAUAGAAGGGACUAAGAUGCUAUUUGGCGUUCUGUCAAAGCUGAACAACGCAAUUGUUUGUGCUGAUAUUGGUAGAGCAAUAGUUGGGCAACAAGUGGCAGCUAGCGCGAGGAAUUCUGGGCCAACUUGGUUGCUUUCUGUUAACGCUUGGGGUACGAGAAGACCUAUGGCUGCUUCUGGUUCGAAACAUGUCUUUGGCGAUGUACAUUUGGAUGACAUAAUUUCAAGUUGUGGGAAUGGCGUGGAUUUUGCAAAACCUAGUGGUGUUUAUUUUACUGAUAGAAUUCAUAGUAUUUGCCAAAAAGAUACCAUGAGUAUGAGAAGUCGAAAACCACCAAUCAAUCGUCUGGUUUGUGGGUACUCUAUGGUUGCUAUGGUGCCAAGGAAUUGUGACAUUGGUCCACUUUCUACAUCAUUCAAAAAUGUACACACUGCAUCCCAUUUGUGUUUUGCUUCUGGGGCUGCUCAUGAUUUGUCAUUUGAUGGAAGUUCACUACAUGAACAGCCUCUGAAGUCCACGGUUGCAUUGAAUCAAACAUUGAAGCUGCUUUCAGGAUCCUGUUACUUGCCGCAUCCCGACAAGGAAGAAACAGGGGGAGAAGAUGCUUAUUUUAUAUGUGUAGAGGAACAAGCCAUCGGAGUAGCAGACGGUGUUGGUGGAUGGGCGGAUGUAGGCAUUAACUCAGGAUUAUUUUCCCGUGAACUUAUGUCUAAUUCAGUGGCUGCUAUUCAAGAGGAGCCUGAAGGUUCUAUUGACCCGGCAAGGGUAUUAGAGAAGGCCCACUCUGGCACGAAAGCCAAGGGUUCCUCAACUGCCUGUAUCAUUGCUCUUACCGAAAAGGGACUAGACGCCAUUAAUUUGGGUGACAGUGGCUUCAUAGUGGUUCGUGAUGGAUCCACUAUCUUUCAAUCCCCAGUGCAACAGCAUGGCUUCAAUUUCACAUAUCAACUGGAGAGUGGUACCACCGGUGAUCUACCAAGUUCUGGUCAGGUUUUCACCAUUUCUGUGGCCUCGGGUGACGUUGUCAUUGCUGGAACGGAUGGCUUAUUUGACAACCUGUACAACAACGAGGUUACUGCUGCUGUUGUUCACGCACUAAAAGAGGGCUUAGAACCCCAGCUGAUGGCUCAGAAGAUAGCUGCUUUGGCACGCCAACGGGCACAAGAUAGGUACCGACAGACACCAUUUUCUACUGCUGCUCAAGGUGCUGGAUUCCGCUACUACGGUGGUAAGCUUGACGACAUUACUGUUGUUGUAUCUUAUAUAACUAGCUCCAUGAACGUAUAAACGUCUCUUUAUAUAUGCGGCUUACUAACUUUGCCAUGUAUGAUACGACGAAUUUUGUGGUGGCUGGGAAGCCCCUUAGUUUUGAAUGGAAAUAAAACCUAAAAGCAGAUUGCUGCCUGUACUCCCCGCCCA